AUGGAAGAGGACAAAAGGGAGCCCCAACCCACACCUAACGCCCAGUCCCCACCGCCCCGCUGCACUUCCCCGCCCGAGGGCCACCCCAGGGAGGCGGGGGCGCGGGGAGGGGAGGGGGCGCCGGGGGUUGCGCCCACCGCCUGCCGCGGGGACCCGGGCCCCGCACUCGAAGUGGGCGCGCGGCAGCCGGGCCGGGGAGGGGCGCCCGGCCUGGAGGCUCCCGCCGAGCCCCUGUCCGGCCCCCGGUGGGCACAUCCCGGGCCGCGGGGACGGGCGGGUCCUCCGCAGCCAGCCCCGGUCGAGGGCGAUGAGUGCGGCCAGCCGCCCCGGGCGCGAGCCGCUACUCACCGUCCCCGCGCCGCCCGCCGCCCACCGCCCGGCGCGACCGCUCCUCCUGGUCGCGGUGUAACCGCCGUCUCCGCCGCCCGGUGCGCCAGCCCCCGUCAGGGCCUCCGACCGGCUCGCGCCCUCUUUUGCUCUUUUAAGAAUGACUGUGACUUUUUUCAGGAACUUUACUGGCAGAAGGACUUGGAACCAGCAGAUCGCUGCGGCCCCGCCACGGAGGGUAGGGCGCGGGAGACUCGCCUACCCUCUGCGGCGGACGCCCCGCACUCGGAGCAUGCGCCGGACUUUCAGUGCGCACGCGCGCGCCGCCGGCCUCGCCCCGCUGCUCCGCCCCCGAGUUGGCUGAGGCUGAGGGGCGCCGCGUUCCCUGUGAGGCAGCUGGGGCUGGUGGGGUUCCAGGAGGCGGCGGGAGAGGACGCUGCCGAGGAAGGGCCGCAAACCCUUCGCUUACCCAGUGGUCAGCUUUCAGAGUCCUCACAGGACGUGCCCGCCCUGGAUGCACACCUCAUACUCAUGACCGGAGGACAUCCAAGUGGCGGAGUGAGCAAAACUGGAGCAAAGUCGAAAAUGCACUCGGGUUCAUAUACUGGAAUACUACUCAGCAAUGAGAAGAGUGACCUGCAACUACAGGCGACAACAUGGAUGAACUGCAGAAACGUAAAGUUGAGCCUAAAAACUUUAAAAGGAAGAGGAAAAAAGCAAAGCAUGCUGCCAAAACCUGGCAGUAGAAUUUCAGGGAACAAAAUCUCUCCGGCUAUAGCAGCAUUUGAAGUGGCUGCACAAGGAGGGCCCCACAGACCAUUCUUGAUGCCUCAGAACAUGACAUGCUGCAAAGUGAAGAAAACCCCAGAGCCCGGAAGCCAUGGGGCAAGACCAGCGUAGGACCAGAGACACCUGCCCCUGUUCUUUCUUGCCUCUUCCAUCUGAUAUUGUCUUUGGCUCAAGGGUCCAGGAACCCACAGGGAGACACUCCAGUUUACCAUUGGCUCUGCUGCACCCAACUCCAGCUCCUCCUACAUGGCCAGAACCUACACAUGCGGAGGGCGGAGGGCAGGACAGAGGCAGCCUAGGGGGCUGGAGGGCAGUGGGAACUGGCCCAUUCUCUGCUACACUGCUUCAUCCACAGUAUCUUCCAGGGGCAUUAUUUGUG